AUGAAGUUGUUGGCUUUUCUUUUCGCUGUUUUGGCCGUUGUUCUGAUGACUGCCGUUCCAGUUUUUGGUAAUAUGCCGCAGUGCCAACCCACUCCCACCGUCGACGCCGCUCAAGGCGGUAGCUACCCGAUCACAGAGCUGGGAAUACGGAACGCUAAACCAAAUCCCAGGCAUAGGGGUUAA